CUACCAGGCAGGAGGCUUUCGCUUCACCCAUGGCACGGUGGCCGCCAUGGCCAGGGAGGCCCUGCGUCCCCUGGGUAUCCGGACGCACCAGCUGGUCUGGUUCAGGGGGAGACAGAGGGAGAGAAAAAGAGGAAUGGGGAAAGAGAGCUGACCCAGCUGGCAGCACCUGGUAAGGGUCCCUUGCUCGGGGUUACGCGCGAUGGCCAACGGUGGACCCAGCAGGAGACUGGUGGGGAAGGCGGAAGAGCUACGACCUUGGAAGACAAUGGUUGCUUUGCAAGCAGAUGAUCUACCAAGAAGAGAGGUGGUGAUCUCUUUAAACUCACUAGGCAGAAGGCAAAGGCAAACCACUGCUGUAACCUGCCAAGUACAUGAUUUCCCAAUGUCAGUCUCAACAAAAGAUCAAAACAAUGACGUUAACGGAGCCACGAAUAUCAGUAGUGAAGUCACGUCCAGCAAUGGUGGGAAUGAGGCUACCAGGAUCAUCAAGCGAAAACCUCAUGUCAGGAUAGCUAAACUAGAAAAUGUGGUUAUGGAAAUGAAAAGACUGAAGAUAAACAUACUCAGACUAUGUUAAAUGAGAUGGACAGAGGGGGGAUGGCUCAAAAGGGAUGACAGAUACCAACUGAUCUAUUCAGGAGGAAGUGAACGUAAGCACGGAGUUGGAAUUUUGGUAGACAAGGAAACAGCGAGAACUAUCAAAGGCAGUAUAUCCAUUAACGAAAGAGUGAUGAUGAUUAAAAUCUCAGCUAAACCAUUUGACAUCAACGUCAUACAGGUCGAAAUGCCGACCACAGACUAUGACGAUGACGAAGUCAAUAUGGUCUACGGAGAAGUUGAAAAGCUAAUGAAAAAGACUAAAAACAACGAAGUAACUGUGAUUCUUGGUGAUUUUAAUGCCAAAGUUGGCAGCGUAAGAGAAGUUUUGACUGUAGGACCCUUCGGGCUUGGGGAAAGAAACAACCACCGAGAAAGACUGGUUGAAUUUGCAAAAACUAACAAACUAAUGAUUGCGAACACCGGGUACAGUCUGCCAAAAUGGAGACUGUACAUGUGGACCAGUCCUGAUGGUUCAGUAAAAAACCAAAUUGACUAUAUUUUAGUACCCAAUCGGUUCAGGAAUGGAGUGAAGCAGGUGAAAACGUACCCUCGUGCUGACUGUUAUACAGAUCACAACCCUGUGGUAUUGGACAUGAGUGUGCAUUUGAAGAUGAGAAAGGUCAAACCAUCAAAUAAGACAGACUUCGAUUUAUUCAUUACGAAUGAAGCAAAAAAGAUCGAAUAUUUUGGUCAAAAUGGAUAAUAGAUUUUCAGUCUUAGAUGACAACGGUAGCAACAUGGCAGUGGAGAACAUCUGGGAAGAGUUUAAAACAACAAUGACAGAAGUUGCAGAAAAGACCUUGGGUUAUCGGAAAAAGAGCAAAAGACAUAACCCUUGGUUCACCAAUGAGUAGAGAAAGUUAACUGAAGAAAGAAAAAAGGUAAAACAUCAGGAUAAUGAACGAUACAAAACCCUACACCACUUGAUUCAAAGAAAAUGCAAGGAAGCAAAAGAGAAUGAGAAUUGGAUGAAUGAACAGUGUGAAGAAAUUGAGCAGUGUGAAUGAAGCUAUGAUCAUAGAGGCCUUCACCAAAAAGUAAAGGAUAUGACAAAAUUAAAGAGGACCGUGCCAUCAACUGGGUGUAUCGAAGACAGUAGUGGUAAUCCAUGCUAUGAAAAAGAAGAGAACACGGACAGAUGGGUUGAGUAUAUCUCAGAAUUAUUUGAAGAUAGCAGGAUUGCUGAUUUACCACAAUUAAAUCAAAUGACUGAUCAACCUAAAAUAUUGAUGUCAGAGAUGGAAAGUGUGAUUUGGAGUCUAAAAGUCAGAAAGGUGGCCGGUGAAGACAAGAUUUCCACUGAAAUUCUUUAAUCACUUGGGUCGAAGGGAAAAACGAACCUUUUAGCGAUAUUAAACAACAGUUAUAUGACAGGAAAUCUUCUGGAGCAGCGGUCCCCAACCACCGGGCCGCAAAGCAUGUGCUACCGGGCCGCGAGGAAAUGAUAUGAUUUGGCGAUAGGAGUCAGCUGCACCUUUCCUCAUUCUCUGUCACGCCCACUGUUGAGCUUGAAAGCAAGCGAGGUCAUUAACAGCGCGUCAUCCAUGUCAGCGCGGUAAGGAGAUCCAACUCCUCGAGCUUGCAAAUGACGGCGGGCUGAAAAGUAUGUUUGACAUGACAUCUCUGCCGGCAUUCCAGAUCAAAGUCAAGGCUGACUAUCCUGAGAUAGCCACGAAAGCACUAAAAACGUUGCUUCAAUUUCCAACGUAUCUCUGCAAUGAAUGCAACGAAAACUAAAUUGCAGAAUAGACUGGACAUAAGGAACCCCGUUCGAGUAUUGCUGUCUCCAAUCACCCCUCGAUGGGACCGUCUUGCUGCAGGAAAACAAGCCCGGUGCUCCCAAUGAUUCAGCAAUACUGGUGUAUUGCAAUGAUUUUAUAUGUUCAUACGGGGAAAACAUGUGCUGUGUGUUUAAUAUCCAAAAGUUACUUAAAAUGUUAUGAUGCUAUUGACUUAUAUAACCAUAUAACAAUUACAGCACGGAAACAGGUGAUCUCGGCCCAUCUAGUCCGUGCCGAACGUUACUCUCACCUAGUCCCACCGACCUGCACUCAGCCCAUAACCCUCCAUUCCUUUCCUGUCCAUAUACCUAUCCAAUUUUUCAUUAAAUGAUAAUAUCGAACCUGCCUCUACCACUUCUGCAGGAAGUUCGUUCAACACUUACUUCAAGCUCCCCUGUCCUCCCAUGAUAAUUGACUUAUCACUAUAUUCAUGCGAGAAAAACAUGCGCUGUGUGUUUAAUAUUAAAUUCGUUAGAUAAACCCUUUUAGAAACGAAAUCGAGUGUAUUAGCCACUUAUCAUUAUAUUCCGGUCGUGAUUAACACCCCGCCCCCCCCGAAAAGAAUCGCCAAAAGCGAUUUGCAGAAUAAAAAUCGGCACAUACACACUUGCGCAAGCCAUGCAU